GAACGCGGGCAGCGAUGAAAGCAAGAAUCAGUGAUUUGUUAAUCGUUUCCAACAAAAAAAUGUCGUUCUGCUUUGAUUACUAUAGAACAACGAAAAAUUACUUGUUUUAUUUCACAUAGGUCCGUCAUCUAUUGUGACCCGAAAUCCUAGAUGUCUAACCUAACUCGAAGUUCGAAGAGGUGGCGGCCCUAAAUGUAACUGCGUUUACAUGUACACAAAGAUAGACAUGUAUAAAUACGUCAGCUGAGUAGACCUUGGCCAAGCAAAUCCAUACCGAUACAGUGAAGUGAGGUUAUCUUUAUAGCUAGGACGUUUUGUCGCAGCGAAUUUCCGUAUUAUUCAGUGAUCAUGACUAAACUAUUAUAGUGAAACAGACGAAAUUAUUAUGUUACAUUUUUAAAGAGUUUGUACAAAAUGUUAUCAAUUGACUAGCAUCAGUUUGUUCUUUAUUAAUUGCAAUAAAACUGAAUCAUUUCUAGUCAUAUAGUGUAAAUCAGUUAUUAAACAUGGCGAAGAAUCUCUUGAAAUCCUUAAUUCUAACCUCUAAGUGUGUAAAAAAUAAUACUUCAUUAGGAAUCAUAAGUGCAUUAUCUACUCGGAGGUUACACAUGGGUGACGUGACACCAAAGGAAGUAAAGAUCCCCGUCAAAUGGGGUCAUGUAUCUGGUAAACUUUGGGGUAAUGAGAAUGAGCAGCCAAUCCUGGCGCUGCACGGGUGGCAGGAUAACGCUGGGACGUGGGACACCUUGGCGCCGUUGCUAUACAAAAAACGACCCAUACUCGCCAUUGACUUUCCGGGACACGGGCUAUCGUCGUGGUUCCCACCUGGUAUGGUGUACUACCCGUGGGAGUUCGCUCGUCUAAUACUCUACAUAAAGGAAUAUUACAAAUGGGACAAGAUCGCGCUGCUCUGUCACUCUAUGGGCUCUAUUGCCGGACUUCGCUUCACCACAUUGUUCCCUGAUGACGUUACCUUCUACAUCGCCAUCGACAGUCUUAUUGCUGACGAUUACGACUUGAACGCAGUCGUCGACAAAUAUCCGAGAACAAUGUUGAAAAUGCAAAAAGCACAGACGCGGUUAAACGAUGAACCACCGUCUUAUACCAUAGAAGAGAUGAUUAAAAUCUGGCAUAAGGGCACAAGAGAAUCUGUUGCCAUGGACAGUGUUAAGUACUUAUUAACGCGCGGUUCGAAGCCGUCGUCGAGUGAUCCUAACAGAUUCUAUUUUUCAAGAGAUUCAAGGUUGAAACAUAUUCUGUUUAAUCCGGAAGACAAACGGUUCGUGGAAGCGCUCGCUAAACGAUUGUCUUGUCCCACCUUAUAUGUUAAAGGUUUGGACUCUCCUUUCGCGUCAGACGACUUUUCUGUGGAAAUGCGCGAACUGAUUAUGAAGACGAAUCCGAAAUUUGACUGUCAUUUUGUGCCUGGCACACAUCACUUGCAUUUAAACGAACCGGAAAAAGUAGCAAAUUUAAUACUGCCGUUUUAUGAAAAGUAUAAUUUAAUUUAAUAAGUACAUUGCGCUGAGUAGUAUUUAUUUAAUUGUUACGGUAGUUGAGCACAAUUUAUGAUGCGUUUUUACUGAGUUUAAUUAUAUCUGUAAACAUGUCCAUUACAAAACUCAAUGCACUAAAACUCUGAGCAAAACGUUUGUAAAACGAUAGUAAUGCAGUAUUACUAAUAUACUUAGCGAAUAUAUUACCAUCAAUGUCGGUUAGAUAUAACUGGAAAAGUAAUAUGAAUAAAGUGUACUUUAGACUCUGAUGUAAUAGAGUCUAAAAUACACUUAUUUCUCGUCAACUUUCUUGACUGAAACAUGACGAUUUCUAAAGAUAAUAUAGAUGAAAACCGAAAAUAGGAUAAGUUAUCUUAACACUCAUAUAAAUAAGUAAUAUUUAUUACAGUCUUAAUUUAUAUUCUAAAGCAAUCAUACCAAAGGAUUGUUAGUAGGGAAAAUCAGAAUGCUUUAAAAAGUUAUGUUAAUGCUUUGAAAAUUUUAGUACAGGAUCGCUUUCGCUAUGUAUUUUUUUAACGUCAGAAAAAACUCCUGUUCAGCCAUAUGACGCCCACUGCUGGGCAUAGGCCUCCCCCAACGAUUGCCACAGUGAUCGGUCCUGUGCCUCCCGCAUCCAGGAUAUUCCCGCAACCUUGACCAGAUCAUCGGUCCAUCUUGCUUAUAUUUAGCUACAAUGCUUACAUUAUGCAAUUUUUCUUAUAAUACAGUAAAUGAUAUCAAGUACCAUAUCUGUGUAUCUGUAUAUCUGUGUUGUAAAUUUAUAAACUUAUGUUAUUAUGUCAAUAAAACAUAACAUGGAAAGUGUUUCAUUAUGUUCCUAAAGUAUAUUUUUGCAUUUUACCUGUACACAAUAUGUUUUCAUUAAAUAACCAGAGUUCGUACAUUCCUUACUAAAAAAAACCUAUACAAGUAUAUAACAGUCAUGUAGAGAAAGGAAAGUAUUCUCUUGAAAAAGUUUGCCUUGAAAUCAAAGUAUGAAAAUUCAACUAAAACAACAUUGUCAACUGAUAGAAAACAACAGAAUGUAUAAUUCAACAAAUAUAUUAAUAUGUAUUGCAUUUUAAUCACACACAGCUCACAGAUUAUGUAUUUGAAUAUA